GCCCACCUGAUGUUUCACCCGCGGCACCAGAGAUUGAAAGACACGCACCACACUCCCUGUUCCCAGCGGUCGCGCUAGUCUAGGUACCACCAUCAGGGCUCGCUAGCCACAAGGUUGCAUUCUCUGCAAUUGCUUCUAGACACCCGCAGAGCGACGGGGAGGUAUGGCCACAGUCCCAUAUGAUGAGGCAAAAGAGAAUGAUGGCUUGAUGAAUGGAUCGGCGACGGCGACGGCGAAUGGAGAUGGCGAGGCAGCGAGGCGCUGGCAGAACUUGAAAAAUGCGAAUAUAAAAUAUAUAUCUGUUGCCAGGGAUGAAGAGCAUUGGAGAACAGAGCAAACAGCACAUCGCGGCGAUCUGCAACUUGAAACAGGGACGUUUGGAAACAAACGCUGGCGAGACCCCCGCCCAAGUAUUUCCCUUCACUCUGUUUUUUGGACUCUCAAAAACUUCCACUUCGAUCUACCUACCGCUAUCAUGGUAACUAUCAGCGCUGGAGCGCUCCUCCUCACACUGCACGUCCUUCUUUCUGCUACAUCCUCUUCCGCAGCACCGGUUGCACAAGCUCCCGCAGGCGGAAGCUUCUGGAUGGGCUCUAUCGAGCGAAAGGGUGUACCGGCUUUCGGCAACAACGCCAACUACCAGCUAUUCCGCGACGUUACAAAGUAUGGUGCAAAGGGUGACGGCUCUACCGAUGACACAACGGCUAUCAACAAGGCUAUUUCUGAUGGCAACCGCUGUGGUCAGGGCUGUGACUCAAGCACCACAACUCCCGCCAUUGUCUACUUCCCUCCUGGUACCUACGUUGUCAGCGAACCCCUGUUACAAUACUACUAUACCUCAAUGGUUGGCGAUGCCGUACAGGUGCCGACUCUCAAAGCCUCUGCUAGUUUCAAGGGUAUGGGACUUAUCGACGCAGAUCCCUACAUCGUUGGAGGUAAUGGAGCCAACUGGUUCACUAAUCAGAACAAUUUUUACCGUCAAGUCCGCAACUUUAUCAUCGAUGUUAGUGCUGUUCCUGUCGAAACUGGUGUCUCUGGUAUCCAUUGGCAAGUUGGUCAAGCUACGAGCCUUCAAAAUAUUGUUUUCAACAUGGCCAAGGGCGCUGCUGGUGCGAACCAGAAGGGUAUCUUCAUGGACAAUGGCUCUGGUGGAUUCAUGGCUGAUCUUACGUUUAACGGCGGUGGCAUUGGAGCUUUCUUGGGCAACCAGCAAUUCACCACCCGCAACAUGACCUUCAAUGACUGUGGUACCGCCAUCUACAUGAACUGGAACUGGGUCUGGACCUUCAAAUCUGUGACAAUCAACAAUUGCAAAGUUGGACUUGACAUGGCUGAGCAACCCCAAAACCAGACAGUUGGCUCCGUCCUCAUGAUGGAUAGCCACAUUACCAACACUCCUAUUGGUGUCAACACUUCAUUCUCAGAGAACAGCAUCCCCACCACUGGAGGCACGCUUAUUUUGCAGAAUGUCGACUUCUCCGGCUCGAACGUUGCUGUCCAGGACUUCACGGGCAAACAAAUUCUUGCUGGCAAGAAGAAGGUCGCUUCCUGGGCUCAAGGCAAUGCUCUGGCUGCUGGUGGUACUCAAGGUCGCGUCCAAGGCGACACUUCCGGCGCACCAGAGAUUCCACCGAGCUUGAACGGAGUGAAUGGUGUUUUCGAGCGAGCCAAGCCUCAGUAUGAGAACAUCGCCCCCAGUUCGUUUGUCAGCCUCAAGACCGCUGGUGCUAAAGGCGAUGGCAAGACUGAUGAUACAGCCGCAAUCCAGAAAGCGAUCGAUAGCUUCCAGGAAGGCCAGGUCCUUUACGCUGACCACGGCGCCUACCUCAUCCAGAAGACAAUUACUAUCCCCGCUGAGAAGAACAUCAAGAUGGUCGGCGAGAUCUGGCCCCUGUUCAUGGCCACUGGUGAAUUUUUCAGCAACAUGGACGACCCCAAGCCCGCCUUCCAAGUCGGCAAGCAGAGCGGUGACAAGGGAACCUUCGAAAUGAGUGACUGCAUAAUCACGACAAAGGGACCCGCUCCCGGCGCUAUCCUCAUGGAGUGGAACAUUGCCGCCGACAAGGCCGGUACUGCUGGUCUCUGGGACACCCACUUCCGUGUUGGUGGUUUUGCUGGCACCGAUCUUCAAUCAUCAAACUGCAAGAAGAAUCCGACUGCCCAGCAUGAAGCUGAUCCCAAGUGUAUUGGUUCUUUCAUGCAGCUACACGUUACGAAGUCUUCCAAUGGCUACUUCGAAAAUGUCUGGCUCUGGACUGCUGAUCACGAACUUGAUCAAUCUGACCAUAGCCAAAUCGACAUCUACAAUGGCCGCGGCAUGCUUGUUGAAUCCCAGGGCCCUGUCUGGCUGUGGGGUACCGCUUCUGAGCAUUCCCAACUUUCCCAGUACCAGUUCCAAGGUGCUAAGGAUGUCUUCUAUGGGGCAAUUCAGACCGAAACACCUUACUACCAACCCAAUCCAGCAGCUACGGCUCCAUUCAAGACGAACUCCAAGUACUUCGACCCCGACUUCAGCAAGUGCACUACCGAUGGCUGCAAGUCUGCCUGGGCUGUUCGUGUCCUUGACAGCAGCAGCAUCUGGGGCUACGGAUCCGGCACCUACUCCUUCUUCAGCAACUACGACCAAGUCUGCGUCACCAACCAGAACUGCCAGGAGAACAUCAUCCAAGUCGACAACUCCACCAACGUCAACAUGUUCGGUAUCUCCACUAAAGCCUCCGUCAAUAUGAUCACGCAGAACGGCCAAGGAGUCGCUAAGGACAAAGACAACCGCUCCAACUUCUGCGCUACCCUAGCCAUCUUCGCCCAAGCAUAAGCUGCCUUCUUUCUUACCCCUUUUCCACUUCAGUUCCUCCGCGUACUGAAUGGAGCCUCCUUGACAGAAUCCCACAAUCUUAGCAUACCCUCAUAGACUUUUCACUUCUUUCCCAACAACUCCCCUUUCACUUUCACUUCGCACGAGAAUUGAAUCAGGAACAUGGGCCCCUAUUAUAGCAUAUAUAUUUUGUUUCCCCUUUGUUUGUUCUUUCCUUUGCAUUACAUUAUCAAACAAACCAUGUCUUUCGACCCCCCUUCGUGUCCACGUCAGGGCUACAGAAAUCGAUCGCAUACGGGGAACUCAUCGAGAGACAUCACAUCACAAGCAACAAUUGCAUUAGGCAGAGCAUAUCAUAUACCCUGAUACUGGCGUCUUUCGGGGAUAACGAUGGGACAGGCGGGUUGAUUUUAG